GCUAAUUACUAAACUUUACCAUUUCGGUGCUACUAUUGAAAUAUAAAUACACGUCAUUAUUAAAGUUUACUUACUCUGUAAAGUUUAUCAUCAUGCGGCCGCGUUAUACUUUGGUAUCGUUUGCAAUGCGGCUGAUACGACCGUCCAUCCGCCGUCUAACUUCUAUUGCAUACCCUGACUCUGAGUUCAUGUCGUAUAUGAACAAUAAGGCUAAGUUCAUCAAUAAAGCACUAGACGGUUCCGUUCCUCUUUGUAACAAUUCCGUUCCUCUUUGGGAGCCAGUACUCGAGGUUCGUGAAGCUAUGAGGUAUACGCUUCUCUCAGGUGGCAAACGACUAAGGCCAAUGCUCUGUUUGGUCGCUUGUGAGCUCGUAGGUGGCCAAGAGUCAACCGCCAUGCCUUCUGCCUGUGCGGUUGAGAUGAUUCACGCGUCGUCGCUCAUCCUAGAUGACCUUCCUUGUAUGGAUGACGACAGCCUCCGCCGUGGAAAGCCCACCAACCAUAUAGUCUUUGGUGAGAAAACAGCAAUCUUGGCCGCUAAUUCUCUCAUGUCUUUGGCCGUCAAGCAGACAUCAGCAUCAACCUCCUUAGGGGUGCCUUCAGAGAGGGUUCUUUGGGCCGUUGAGGAGAUGGCGAGAGCUGUUGGGAUGGAAGGACUCGUUGCGGGUCAAGCGGCGGAUUUGGCUGGAGGAAGUAUGAGUUUUGAGAAUAAAGAUGAUGAAUUGAGACAUCUUGAGUUGAUACAUAUUCAUAAAACAGCUGUUUUGGUUGAAGCUGCGGCUGUUGUGGGAGGUAUUAUGGGAGGUGGGUCUGAUGAAGAGAUUGAGAGGCUUAGGAGAUACGCGAGGUGCGUUGGACUGAUGUAUCAGGUUGUGGAUGAUGUGCUCGAUGAGACCAAGUCGUCCGAGGAGCUUGGGAAAACUGCCGGAAAAGAUUUGAUUACCGGGAAGCUGACUUAUCCAAAGCUGAUGGGUGUGGAGAAUGCGAGAGAAUAUGCAAAGAGGUUGAAUAAAGAAGCGCAGGGACAUCUUCAGGGGUUUAAUUCAGACAGAGUGGUUCCUUUGGUGUCUCUCGCUGAUUACAUUGUCAAGAGACAAAACUGACCAUUGCUCC